AUGUGGGGCCCGGGGGUCACGGCCGAGGGCCUGUCGGUGGCUCCAGCGCCGCCGCCGCUGCUGCCGCUGCUGCUGCUGCUGGCGCUGGCGCUGGUGGCGCCCUCGCGGGGCGGCGGGGGCUGCGCGGAGCUGGCGUGCGGCGAGCGGGAGCGCUGCUGCGACUCGGCCAACGCCACGGCCGUGCGCUGCUGCAAGCUGCCGCUCCACGCCUUCCUGGACAACGUGGGCUGGUUCGUCCGCAAGCUCUCUGGGCUGCUCAUCCUGCUGGUCCUCUUCGCCAUCGGCUACUUCCUGCAGCGCAUCAUCUGUCCUAGCCCACGCAGGUACCCGCGUGGCCAGGCGCGCCCUGGCCAGGCACGACCCGGGCCUGCUGGAGGCUCCGGGCCGCCGGGGACCGCGGGGCAACCCGACGACGACGACGACUCGCCUGCUCUGUUGCGCGACGAAGUGGCCGCAGGCUCGCUGGACUCACUGCUGGACAGUGGCGGCGGCCGGGGCCGAGGAGGUGGCGGACGUCUGCCUCCGACCUGCGUUUCGGAGCACGAGCUGCGGGUGGUGUCGCCGGUCUUCCUCCAGCUGCCCAGCUACGAGGAGGUCAAGUACCUGCCCACCUAUGAGGAGUCCAUGCGGCUGCAGCAGCUCAGCCCUGCGGAGGUCGUGCUGCCAGUGUCGGUGCUGGGCCAUCCUCGAGGCGGUAGUGCCGGGGACCCCGACGGCGGCCAGGGCCGCUUCCCGCUCAUCUGAACGCCCGGAGCCUCAAGGAGAUCACCCGGACUGUACGAGGCUGGGGGCUGCGUGUGGCACGCAACAGCUGGUGUGUUGGCGGCCGCCACUGACUGCCUCUGACCAUACCUAGCAUCCCCGCACAACCUGUCGCCCCGCGCCUGGGUUGGGGUCAGUCCCCUCCCUCUCGCUCCCUGGAGAUCCUGUGUUUUUCUAUGUUUCUUUGGGCUCAAGGUUGGGCAGCUCGGCGGCGGGGGCGAUGGCUUUGGAUUAGCUGGCAGCUCCUCUUGGACGGUCGUCCCCGCCCUCUGCCAAGCCUCCCCCUGUGUUCACUGUAAGUGCCUGCUUCUCCAGUCCAAAAGAACCCGUAAACCUUUGGUGUGUCUAGAGACCCGCGGCUUGCUUUUAUGUUGGAAAAGGAAGGAGCGCAGGCCCAUUCCUUGCCCUCCUGCAUGGACGGGUCCCAGUCUCCCAAGACUGGAUGGUGAGGCCUUUGGCUCUAGGCCAUGGCCAGUGACUGCUGCAUGCGGGUCUGUGGAGGCAGCGCUUGGCUGUGAUGGAAUCCCUCUCUUGAGAAGGACCCAGAAAACCUUUUGGUGUCCCCCUGGCCAAUCAAAUAGUCACAGCUGACAGUUGACAGUUAGGUGGGGGAAGGGAUACCAUGAUGGAUGGUUUAGUGGCUGCAAGAUGUAGCAACUAGUUAAUCCGGACCCUAUUUGUAAUCUGGCACCGAUGAACUCUUGGUUUUUGUCAGUAAGGUGUUUGUCUUUUAUUUUUACAUUUUAUCAUGCACUAAACACAUCAGGAAGGAAGUUCAACAAUUUGACAGGGUAAUCACUGUUCUGUUUUAGGCCUGUAACCAUCAAGAGGUCGCCCACAUUCUGUCAUUGCUUAAUACAGUGUCGGACAUUAUUUCAUUAAAGGUGUGGGGAUGGUCAAACAGGAAAUGUGAUGUAAAAACAUGAAGGAUAUCUUAUUUUCACUAUUUAAGAAUAUAUUUUAUUUUUAGUACUGAAGCAUAAUGCAUAACUUUUUAUAAUAAUUGUGUCCACUGUCUAGUCUGGGUCUUAACUGUAUCAUGCAUCAUAGAAUUGUAUGUAAAAAGACCAUUGGUACAUGUAUGACACACCGUGAAGCAAGAUGGCUUGCCUGUAUUUCCUUCUCUGUUUUUCAUGUAGGAUACAUUCUGCAACAUGAUUCCAAACAUAAGAAACAGAAUUGUAACUUUUGUUUAAACCUGUAACUUUGCAGUAAUGUGCAAAGAAUUCACCCAACCUACCUUUAUUCAAAUUAAGCAGUAUCAUUUUACUAGUUCGGGGACAUUGCCUUUAAGCAAAGAGUAAUAGGACACAUUUUAAUGCAUCAUGUGUAGUGUACAUACGGUAUUGUCCGUGUACAAUGCGUACAUUGUAUGCCAUAUGGCUAUGGCAGCGUACCGCUAGCAUGAGAGGAAAGAAGGGAAAGGUAUACAGCUUUCUCUGGAGAAGUGUGAAUAGUACCAAUUGACAAGAAAGAUUAUCCACUUGGGUCUAUGAUUGAAGAAGCUGGGCAGGCCUAUGAGAUUGUCAACUAUCUGAUUUGUAUUUUAAAAAAUACUUGAUUACUUUUAACUUUUAAAGGCUGAUUGAAAAUGUCUGACAUCCUGAGAAAUUUUUUUAAUGUAUGAGUUAUAAUAAAAUAAUGGUUUGCUUUAAACUUCUCAAAGCUCAUGACACUGUCAUUAAUGAAACCAUCUGAAGUGCAUUAAAAUAGAAAAACACUAAAAAA